AUGCAGAAGGUCAUGGAAGAAAUCGAUAGAGUGGUUGGAAAGGAGAGACUUGUUAAAGAAUUCGAUAUUAUGCAGCUCAAAUAUGUUAAGGCAUGUGGAAGGGAAGCUAUGCGUCUUCACCCCAUGUCAUCAUUCAAUGACCCCCAUCUGUCCAUGGUGGAUGCUAUUGUAGCCGGCUACUUCAUCCCUAAAGGCAGUCAUGUCCUACUGAACCAGGUAGGGCUUGGGCGAAACCCUAAAGUUUGGGAAGAGCCAUUAAGGUUCAAACCAGAGCGGCAUAUGAAUGAUGAUGUGUUGGAUUUAGCUGAGCCUGAGGUUCGAUUCAUUUCAUUUAGUGCUAAGAGACAAUGGUGCUUUGGAACUGCCCUAGGGACAACAUUGACAGUUACACUCUUGGCAAGGCUUCUUCAAGGUUUUUCAUGGAGUGCGCCACACAACCACGAGCAAAUUGACCUCAAAGAAUCCACACAACCACUAAUUUGA